AUGGCGAGCAGCGGGGGAGGCGCGGCUGCGGCGGCGCGGAUGGACCCGGAGGCGGCGACGGAGCUGGCGCGGAAGGGGGUCACGCUCCUGCUCCUCGACGUGCCCCAGCACACCCUCCUCGGCCUCGACACCCAGGUGUUCUCGGUCGGCCCCAGGUUCAGAGGGAUCAAGAUGGUGCCCCCAGGCCCGCACUUCCUCCACUACUGCUCCCCCAGCAGGCGCGGGAAUGAGUUCGCCCCGACAGUCGGAUUCUUUCUUACCACUCACCCAUCUCAGGUGGUCGUUCGAAGAUGGCAUGCUCAAGAGGAGAGACUAGUGACACUAUCAGAAGAGGAGGAAAUCAGAUACUCUGAAGCAGUAAAACGUUUCGAGUUCGAUGAUCAGCUUGGACCAUACAAUUUGGAUUCUUUUGGAGACUGGAAACAACUUUCAAGCUACUUGUCACAAAGUGUCAUUGAACGCCUUGAGCCAAUUGGUGGAGAAAUUACAAUUGCAUUGGAGACAUCAUGGAUGGAUAGAGCUCCCCAAACAGAUAUGGAGAGACGAUUGAUGGAACAACUUAGAGAAGACAAGUUUGCAAAGAAAGCCCCUGCACAGCCUGAGAGGAGAGGAUGCUAUUACACAACUAUCCCAGCUUCGGUUAAGCACAGAAACAUUUCUGCAGAUGAGCUGACUUUGCUGAAUUUGGACAGAACAAGCUUGCUGGAGACUGUCUUGGCCAAAAAUUAUCAAGGCCAAGAAGAUUUACUCUUGGGGGAGCUGCAGUUCUCUUUCGUAGCGUUUAUGAUGGGACAGUCACUGGAGGCGUUUAUGCAGUGGAAAGCAUUAGUCAGUCUUCUUUUGAGCUGUAGCGAAGCUCCACUUCAUACAAGGACACAAUUGUUUGUAAAGUUUAUUAGGGUUAUUUACUACCAGUUCAAGCAUGGCUUUCAACGUACACAUGAUUCCAGAAGUAGUGAGGACAAGGGCAAUUCUUUGUUUCUGGACGAAGCAUGGUUUUCAAGAGACAUAUUCCUUUACCGGCUUUCCAAGGAUUUCUUGGCGGUAAUAUUUGAAGCUCAAGUCGUGGAUGGGGACCUUCUGUCAUGGGCUAGGAAACUGAAGACGCUCCUGGAGACCACGUUUGGGUGGGAUCUCGAGAACAACGCGGUGAACCUUAUCGAUGAGGACGAUGAGUUUGCUCCCGUGGUCGUGGAGAUGGACGGCUCCUAG